CGCCCUUGUCUCCAGUUUAGAAGACCAAGGUCCCCAUACGCCUGUAAUAUCACUAUUAAACACAAUUAUUGAAGCCUACUAAUAAACCGUAAUCGGGACAAUUGCAGCUUUAAAAUAGGUUUAUUUGAAUACCUCACUAGUGUUUUCAUCAGAAGAAGCUAUGAAUUUUGAAUUUGAGAGGGAAAUUGGGUUCAUAAACAGCCAGCCUUCCCUAGCAGAGUGCCUGACGUCUUUUCCCGCUGUACUGGAGUCAUUUCAAACUUCAUCAAUCAAGGACUCGACAUUAAUUCCUCCUCCUUUUGAGCACACCAUCCCGAGCCUGAAUCCUUGCUCUAGCAGCCAGGCACGACCGAGAAGCCAAAAAAGAAUUUCAAAUGGCCUCCUCCUCCGGACACCGCCACCGCAAGGCCAGGCACCGCCGGCGAGCAACGGCUCGCUGGCACCCGAGUUUCCAUGGAUGAAGGAGAAGAAAUCCUCGAAAAAGAGCCAGCAACAGGGACAAGCCAUUGCCGCCUCCUCCCCACCUUCAGCCUCCUCCGGCUUUGUAGUCUCGGGGCUGGAAUCUCCGACAGAGUCUGCAAGCGGACAGGACAACGGAAAUAACUCAAGACGACUAAGGACAGCCUACACAAACACGCAGCUUUUGGAGCUGGAGAAGGAAUUUCACUUCAACAAAUAUCUAUGCCGUCCUCGAAGGGUGGAGAUUGCCGCUUUACUGGAUCUUACUGAAAGACAAGUUAAAGUUUGGUUCCAGAACCGGAGGAUGAAGCACAAGCGGCAAACAACACAUUACAAGGACGGCCAAGAAAGCGAAAACGGUGGUUUCGAAUCUUUGGAGGGUGCGGAUGCCGCGUCCCCCUUCUCAAAUCAGUUUAUAGAUGCAUCAGUGUCUGCAAGCUUGGAAAAAGAGCCUUCUUCGUACCCUAACAGCAAUGACAAUAACCAGCCCACUCCCGAGAAGACAGAGUCAACCAGCCGGAAGGCUCCAUCUUCCCCCGACAAAACCGCAAGAUCUCCACUCUACCCGACGCCCACUGCAGUUAGCCUUCCAACAAUGGGUGAUAGAUCUCCAUCUGGGCCAGAUAAUUCAUUUUCAGAGUCUCGUGAUGCCGCCCAGCUCUCCGAUUUGAAUUUCUAUUCUUCCGAUUCCUGUCUUCAAAUUUCGGAUGCGCUAUCGCCUAGCUUGCAGAGCUCACUCGACAGCCCGGUAGAUUUUUCUGAAGAGGACUUUGACUUGUUCACGAGCACUCUCUGUACAAUAGAUUUGCAGCAUCUACAGUUCUAACGUAAAUGUAAGGUGCAAAAGAGGAUAGUCAUUUCCCAGAAUUGAUAAUUAUAUCACGUUAUUUCUUUGGAGUUGUUUUGUACAUGUAUUUCUGGAAAGAAUAGCCAGACUGUUUAAAUAUUUUAACAACUUACUCGCAUUCGAUGAUCGAAGCGAUUGUUCAUCCACAUGUACCAUUUUAUUGUAUUCCAGCCAGGACCUACCUGUCCAAAUAUGAGGUAUUUAAUUGAUUUAAUUUUAUCGUCAAGUUAAAGGUAAUUUAGGAUUAUGAUAGACAAUGUGCGGAAAAUGGUCAGUAUAGCCUAAACUCAAUCGUCUAAAUCUCAGGAAUUGUUGGAUAGAUUAUUCUUAGAAAUUCUUACGAGGAGGGUUUCCUCCCUCUUAAGUUUUAGAAUUAGUUUAUUUAUUGAGAUUCUUUAAUAGUAAAUGGAAAUUAUUUAUUGUACAUUAUUUUCAUAGGUGAAAUAAAGAAUUUAUAAGAUUAA